AUGCAACAGCUUUUGUGCGCGGCCCUAGUGCUGGGGGCGAUUGUGCCUUUCGCUUCUUCCAAAGUGUGCACAUUAGAUAAUGGUGAUGGCGUGUCGGAAACUGUACAGAAUGACGCGCUCGGUGUAAUAAAUCAGUAUCGUGCGACGUUAUCCAGUGGAGGACAGGAUAACGGAACCAGUGGAGAGAAGCUACCGACGCCAAAGGAGAAACUAGCUGACGUGACCUGGCAGUGUGAUCUGGAAAACGAAGCAACAACAGCAAUAGUUGAUUGUACGGCAGAAGAACCCAGUAAACCAACUGAUAAAACUGCUUUCUUCUUUAAAACUACGGAGGACUAUCCAAAUAUCAUACUUCCCUUCACCACCUGGCUAUCAUGUAGUGGCACAGCAGGCUUUGAAGAGAGCGCUGUCGAUAAUGGAGUGAUGACAUAUGUACCCAUAGGGAAUACUUUGCGCGAAUACGCAAACCUUAUGCGAAGUGAUUUAACCGAGAUUGGUUGUGUUGAGAAGCACUGUGACGAUCAGACAACGUAUAUCGUAUAUUGUCUUACAGCGGUAACGGAGUUGCAACAAUCAGAUAAGAUUUACGAGAUCCUUCAAACGACGACGGGCGGAACAACAACAACAACAACAGCGCCAGCUACGACUACAUCUGCAUCCGCAACGACUACAGCAGCAGAAGAAGCUACUACAACAGCUUCAGAGUCUGCUGCCUCGACGACGACUACGGCGGCGGGGACAACUGCCGGGGAAACCACAACAACAGCAACGAAGGGGACCGGGACCACUUCUUGUAUCCCAAGACGCAAAGCUACAACUGCAGUCGGACCCGGACCAGGACCGCAACCACAGGCUGCGUUCCCUUCACCUUCAGCGGGGACUUGUGUGACGUUUCGCUGUUUUGUGUAUAUGCCAGCAACCAACAUUCUCUCUCUUUUCCUACAAGUAGAAUCAAUUGCAUCGAGCCUUCAGUGCGAGCUUUGUCAAUUUUUUCCUUUUCCCCAUUCCAAUCAACGAAAAAGAAAGCAUUCUUGGAUAGAUGGAGCGAACGAUAGAUGCCCACAAAAUACCAGAAUGUACGAUGAGCUUAGAUUCAAGUUCUUGGAUAUGCACAAUUAUCGGAGAGCUCAAUUGGCAUCGGGGAAUGUUGCCAAACGGAACGGCAACUACCUGCCUCAAUCCUCUGACAUGCAAAGAAUGAGAUAUGAUUGUGCUUUGGAGAAUGACGUCGCCGAGUAUUUGAGUUCAUGCCCAUCAAGCAAAUCCGCUGAAUCCUCGCGACCUAAUGUUGGCGAGAAUUUUAUCCGCAUUCCUGAAGAAGCUACGUAUUUGGCUGCAACUGAGAAGGCUGUUACAUCUUGGUGGAAAGUGAUACGUUCUGAAGAAGGUCCUGGUAUGCAAGUGUAUUUUAGGCAAAAGCACGUGGGUACUCCGAUAGAAUCUUUUACACAGAUGGGAUGGUCCACAUCUCGCAAGCUUGGUUGUGCCGUUGCAAAAUGCGGCGGGGAGCAUGUCGCAGCUUGUCGAUAUUCUCCCAGAGGUAAUUUUGUGGAGCAAGUCAUCUACAAGAAGGGAACUCCUUGCACGGGUUGUGCAUCUGGUUCCUGGUGCACGGAAGAAUCACUUUGCACUCUAUCAUAAGUGGAGAGAUCAGGACUUGCGAGGA